UUCGGGACCGAGUCGCAGCGCGGUUGUAGUGAACGCGCGAGCGUGGCCGCGAUAUCAUGUCGCUUUCCGUGAAAAUCAAACAAUUCCAGAUACCCAAAUGCAAGGGGGAAAAAUUGGCCAGGAUUGAGUUUAGAGGUGUAUCUCACAUCAUCAGAUUAGAAGACACUGGAUCAGAAUUAUAUAUUGUUGAUCAGACUUACGACUGGCCAGUAUGUCGUCCAGUGGAAGAGAGUGAGACACUUCAAAUCGAUUUGUUUUCAAGGAAUCGUGUUUUCUCCGACAAACACAUAGGAAGCUAUGCCUUGUUUCUUCAAGGAGCUAUUAAGGAUGGAAGACUUACCAUUUCUGACACACUCCUGGAUCCGAAUAAUCAGUCCUUACCUGUUCUUCUGGAAUUCGAAGUGUUGUAUGUAGUACCGGAGGAUUCUUUGCCUUCUUUCGCCCCUAGCAAUUUCGAAAAUCUUGAUGAUGAUCAACAUAUGUUGAUAGAUAUUGAGCGAAACAUCAAAAAUUAUGAAAGGAGUAUUUCAGUAUCAACUACCCAAGAAAAGACGUCAACCAGCCGUCGCAUCCCCAUCCGGAGGAGCACAACCACCGCAUCUUCCGGAAAAACUUCAUCCAUGGACAGAAAAAGGACGUCGCCUCUGCGUAAUGUGAGGAAUUUAAUACGAUUCGGCAAGCAGAGACCGCCCAAGGACGAUUCGGAGAACGUGGACGAGACCACGUCUCUGAUUUACACCGAAGAAUUCGAUAAAAAUACGACGGCAGUCGGAUCCGGUCCUUGGGAAAGCGAGUCCGCUCCGGUAUCAAGGGCCGGCAGUCAAAGCUCACUGGGAUCCCAGGACGAAGAUAUUCUCAUUGACGCGGAAGGAGAGAAAAGGGUGGCACGCAUAUCAGUAGAGAACCGAAGACUGAAAACAGACCUACGCAGCAGUGCACAACUAGCGUUGAAAGCUCAAGAUUUCCAAGUGUGUCUAACCAUAAUAGAAGCCCGCCAACUAGCUGGUUUGAACAUGGACCCCGUUGUUUGCAUACAAAUCGGGGACCAGAAGAAGUACACAAGCGUUAAAGAGAGCACAAAUUGCCCCUAUUAUAAUGAGUACUUUGUUUUUGACUUCCACAUGCCGCCAAUCAUGCUUUUCGACAAAAUCAUCGUACUUUCGGUCUUGCGACAUAAAAUGUUUCCGAGAAGUGAUAAAUUAAUUGGGAAUUUCAAAUUGGACGUUGGAACAGUUUGGUCACAACCAGAUCAUCAAUUCUUCCACAAAUGGGCCUUGUUGACUGACCCGGACGACAUAACAGGUGGUCCAAAAGGAUACUUGAAAUGUGAUAUCAGUGUCAUAGGCAAAGGUGAUCCAGUCAAGGUGCCAGCAAAGAGUGAGAAGGAUGAAGAUGACAUAGAAGCAAACCUUCUUUUACCAGAUGGUGUUCCCAUUAAUAGACAGAAAGCGAGGCUCAUAAUCAAAAUAUACAAAGCAGAUGGCCUUCCGAAAAUGAAUUCUAGUUUAAUGGCUAAUGUGAAAAAAGCUUUUACGGGGGAGAGUCAAGAUUUGGUAAAUCCCUUCGUGCAAGUAUCAUUCGCAGGUUUACAGGGUAAAACCAGCGUCAAGAAACAUUCCUACGCACCGGUAUGGAACGAGCAGAUCGUCUUCACCGAGAUGUUCCCCCCGCUAUGUCAAAGGAUAAAGAUCCAGCUCCGCGACGAUGAUCCCAUCAAGCCCCAGGUAAUCGGGACCCAUUUCAUCGACCUGAAGACGAUCUCGAACGACGGAGAAAAGGGCUUCCUACCGACCUUCGGACCAUCGUUUGUCCAUUUGUACGGCUCGACCAGGGAUUACACCCUCAUCGAUAGACAUUCGAACCUCAACACCGGCUUUGGCGAAGGUGUUUCUUAUCGAGCAAGACUACUUAUGGCAAUCCGCACAGAAAUAUCUGAUAGUAUUAUGGAUCUUGCACCAUCCGCUGUGGAAGUGGAACAUACGAACCCAGUGAACGAAGAAUCUUAUGCCAAGAAUGAUGAAUAUUUCUUAUUCACAACCAUAAUGGGAGCAUCUAUGAUCGACAAGAAGUUUGGGGACAAACCUGUCUACUUGGAACUCAGCAUGGGAAACGCUGGAAAUGCAAUUGAUGGCCAGAAUACAUCUGUCAAAGAACACUAUGAUUCCGAUAGUGAUGAAUUGGAAUCUGUAAGUACCGACAGUGGAUCAUGGCUGAGUACUACUCCCCCUUCAAAGCCCAUGACACAUGACAAAGUGUAUUAUUUUCUUCCUUAUUGGGACAACAAACCAUGUAUGCACAUCAGAUCUGUUUGGCCAGAUCUCAGAAGAAGAAUGUAUAACUCGAAUAUUAUAGCCAAAAUUGCUGAAAAAAUGGAAGACGGUCUCCAAGAUGUCACUUCUCUUCAUGAAGCCGACAGUCCACUCUCCGAGUCCAGAUUGAAGCAGGUCCUCGAGGAACUUCAUCAAGGAUGUGGGAAAUAUGUGACCAUAACUCAAACCAGUCUCACCGGACCCGGCACUGGCAAAACGAAGCUGGACAAAGAACAUGUAAAGCUCUGUUUGAGAGAGAUAGAAUUGAUGGGAUCAUCUGCACGUAAUCUGAGAGCACUAGUCACGAAAAGUUCUUUCAAGGAAAGAUUUAAAGUUGCACAGUCCUAUCUGGCGAAAUUGAAAUUCCUCGUAGAAGAUCCUCAACAUGCUCUUCCAGACGUGUUUUUAUGGCUCAUAAGUGGAGGCAAGAGACAGGCAUAUCAAAGGAUACCCGCUCGUGAUAUCAUAUACUCUGUUGUUGAAGAGGAGAGGGGUAAGGACUGUGGAAAAGUUCGUACGAUGUUCCUGAAGAUUCCGAGCAGGAAAGGUGCCAAGCAGAGCGGUUGGACGAUACCCUGCAAGCUCAGAAUUUUCCUGUGGCUGGGCACCCUGAAACACAAGAAAUAUUUCAUCAAUGGAAUUCCGAAGGGAUACGAGGAAACCCAAGAGUUCAAGAAUGUGGAGAGACCUCGAGCGAUGCCUCCAUCCACCAUACAUUAUGUGGAAAAACACACAUUCCAGUUGAGAGCGCAUAUCUACCAAGCAAGAUCCUUAAUAGGCAGUGACUCUUCAGGGUUAUCAGAUCCAUUUGCAACAGUUAUAGCAAGUGAAUUCAGCAAGACGACACAGGUGAUCGACGAGACCCUAAGUCCCACCUGGGACGAGCUGUUGGUUUUCGAAGAGAUUCUUCUCUACGGGUCGGCCGAGGAGAUAAAGCACGAUCCAAUUUCAAUCAUAAUUGAAAUAUUCGAUCAGGAUAAUGUGGGCAAAUCUGAAUUCAUCGGACGGGCCCUGGCUAAACCCAAGGUGAAAUUGAGAGGGGAAAACUAUGCCAAACCUAAAUUUCCGCCGAUGUUGGAAUGGUUCGAAAUACACCGAGGUGCCGAUAAGGCCGGCGAACUACUAGCCGCCUUCGAACUGCUGGAGAUACCAAAGGACCAAGACGCCGACCUUCCUCCCCUACCCGCUCCCAAAGAGAUACCCAUGUUCAAGGACACCGACCUUAGGACUUUCACCGCUCCCAUCCUGCCGGUGCCCAGAGGUAUCCGACCCACGCUGGCCCGUUACCGGAUAGAGGUUCUGUUCUGGGGCCUUCGCGAUCUCAAGAGGGUCCACAUGCUGAGCGUGGACAGGCCGAGGGUGGACGUGGAGUGCGCCGGUCAGAUCCUGUCUUCCACCAUCAUCCAGAACGCGAAGAAGAAUCCGAAUUUCACCAACCCCGUCAAGUUCUUCGAGAUCGACUUGCCGGAGCAAGAGCUGUACCGUCCGCCGCUGACCAUUCGGUGCGUGGACUGCAGGAGCUGGGGCCUGUUCACGCUGGUUGGGACGCACACCAUCAACUCCAUACAUAAAUACAUGUACAUACCACCAAGUGCUAAAGACGCGGAUGCCUCUACGAAUACGCCGCAGAAGAUGCUUGUAGUUGAUGAUUGGAGUGUUGGAUUUCACGGACCAAACCAGAGCCCUGGUAACAACAAUACCAACAUCAAGACGCCUCUUCUACCAAAAGAUAACACCGGAGGUGGUUAUGGAACUCAAGAACACCUAAUGAUGUUUGUACCUGAUUUGUCCUCAAUAGUUAGAAAAAGGAAAAUUAGUGUCGCUGUUGAAGAAGAGGAUGAUGAUGAAGACGAGAAUAAGGAUUGGUGGACCAAGUACUAUGCAUCGGUAGAACAAAUGUGUGACGAAUCCAAAGAGGAGCAAAUGAGAGUCUUCAAGGGUAACAAUCUAGAUAUUCCUAAUCAAAAUGAAAAUUCGACAUCACCUAGCACAAUAUCGGAGAAGAGUCCUUCGACAGGUGAAUCGAGAAAAAAAUUCAAUUUCAAAACUGCUGUCAACGCUUCUAGAUUCACCACAAGAAUUAGUCCGAAAGGACCAAGAAAAAUAAACGUUGAAGAUAAAAAGAAAAAGUCUACUACCUUCAAGAUUUACAAGAACGAACUGGAGCAGCAAGCAGAGUACAAUCAAUUCAAAGACUGGCUCAUGACUUUUCCUCUGUACAGGGGAAAGAAAACUGAAGAUGAUGCUGAAGAUGACAGCAGGAUCGUUGGGUAUUUCAAGGGUGCUAUAAAAGUAUACAAGUGGCCUUUACCAGCGGACAGUCUAGAAACGCGUGAUCUGACAAACGGCUACUUCCAAGGCUUGCCUUCCAAUGAACCGAUCAGAGUGCUGGUGCGAGUGUACAUUGUCAAGGCCAAUGAUUUGCAUCCUCAGGACCUCAAUGGAAAAGCUGAUCCUUAUGUUGUCUUGCAACUUGGUAGCAAGAGGAUAAGUGAUAAGGAAAAUUACGUAUCGAAGACACUCAAUCCUGUUUUUGGAAAGUGUUUUGAGAUCGAAGCUACCUUCCCUCAGGACUCGAUGUUGACGGUACAAAUUUACGAUUGGGAUCUUCUGGGUUCCGACGAUCUCGUCGGAGAAACUAGAAUCGACCUCGAGAACAGAUUUUACAGCAAGCAUCGUGCAACAUGUGGUUUCCCAGCGAAAUACGAGGAAACAGGACACAAUGCUUGGAGGGAUCCAAUGAAACCAACCCAGAUACUGGCAAAACUUUGUAAAGAUAACAAAAUCGAUCCUCCAGUUUAUGGAAAGGGGCAGGUUAAGGUGUGCAAACAAGUUUUUACACUUCGAACAGAAGAUUACGAUAAUGGAUGUGGUAAAAAUGUGGAUGAACAGCUGGCACUGAAUAUACUCAAUAAGUAUCACCACCUAGCGGAGAUCGGUUGUCCCCUGGUCCCGGAGCACGUCGAGACCCGACCGCUCUACAACCCCGAAAAACCGGGGAUCGAGCAGGGAAAAUUGGAAAUGUGGGUAGACAUGUUCCCGAAGGAUAUGCCGCUGCCUGCAGCACCCGUCGAGAUAGCUCCUCGUAAACCGUGCAGCUACGAAUUGAGGGUAGUCAUCUGGAACACGGACGAGGUGGUGUUGGAGGACGACGCUUUCUUCACCGGUGAAAAGAUGUCUGAUAUUUACGUUAAGGGAUGGUUGAAGGGACCAGAAGACUGUCAAUCAACUGACAUACAUUAUCGCUCAUUGACUGGAGAAGGAAACUUUAAUUGGAGAUUUAUAUUUCCAUUCGAUUAUCUGGAAGCGGAACAGAAAAUUGUUAUUACCAAAAAAGAAUCCAUGUUUUCAUGGGAUGAGACUGAAAGCAAAAUACCGGCAAGAUUGGAGCUGCAAGUAUGGGACGCAGAUCAUUUUUCUGCAGAUGACUUUCUAGGUAAUAUAACAUUGGACCUAAAUAAAUUCCCAAGGGGUGCAAAAUCCGCAAAACUGUGCACCCUGGAUAUCUUAAAAAACGACGGGUCGGUUCCUAUGGUGAACAUCUUCAAACAGAAAAGAAUCAAAGGAUGGUGGCCUUUCUUCGUGAAGAAAGAUGAUAACGAUGAAAUGGAACUGACCGGAAAAGUUGAAGCUGAAUUUCAUCUGGUGACCGCUGAAGAAGCUGAGAAAGCCCCUGUUGGAGCAGCAAGGAAUGAACCCGAACCCUUGGAUAAACCAAAUCGGCCAGAAACAUCGUUCAUGUGGUUCAGCAAUCCCCUAAAAUCUCUGCAGUAUAUUAUAUGGCAGAACUACAAGAAAACUAUUGUUAAAGGAUUAUUUUUUAUUGCAUUAUUUGCACUUAUUCUAUUAUUUUUAUACAGCUUACCAGGAUACACUGCCCAAAAAUUAUUGAAUUCCAUAUAAGAAUUUAAGCUUAAGAUUACACCCACCUGAAUGGACGACGCCCUUUGUUUAUGCUUGAAUGUUAUUUUUUUUCAUAAUUAUACUUUACAUUUGUUGAUAAGUAAUAAAUAAAUAAAAGUCAUUU